AUGUUGCGUGGUUUGCUUAUGCACUCGACACCGGAUAUCGAUUCGAGUGAAGCUCUCGGACAUGAACUAUUCCACAAUGCUUUGUUGAACUUUCUACAAGAAGAGCAUAACUUUUCGGUAGAAUAUCAAUACUCGAGCCUGGAACGUUCUGAAGUUAUUCCAUCCUACGACGUUGUAGCAUCCGGAGUUUUUCAGAGCAUGCAAGACAAACCUUUAAACGCUCGAAUAUUACUACAAUCUUGGACUUACAGGUUGGGCUUCAUAUUUCGUCUCACGCCAGAGCUGAACGGUGCAACGAGAGAAACGAGCUACUUAUCACCAUUUACCGACACUACGUGGUACUCCGUCGCCUCAGUAGUGGCCCUCGUUCUGGGCGUUUUGCAAUGCAUAGCAAUAUUUCAUGCUGAGCUAUCGUCCCUCGCUCGCAAUCACUACCUAAUUGACACGAUCGGUUUGAUUGCUCAGCAAGGUACCGCGCAGAGUUCGGCAUACAUCUCGCUGCGAAUCGUGCUGUACGCGGUGCUGAUUAUGGCUUUCCUACUGUACAACUAUUACACCGCAUCGAUCGUCGGGGAAUUGCUUAGCAGCUCCAACCAGGGCCCAGGAACGAUCGAUCAGCUGCUCAAUGCGCCACUCGCCGUGAUGUUCGCCAACGAUUCGUACAAUCGGGCACUUGCGGUGGAUAAUGGCAUUGGCGGUUUAAUGCAACAGUUUUUGCGGCAGCACGCCAGGGUAACGGAUGCGAUGACUUCCGAUCAUAUCUACGCAGAUGUCCGCGCAGCCGUUCAGCUGCUGAAGCUGGGUGGUUACGCAUUUCACUGCGAACUGACCGAAGCCUUCCGAGCGAUAGCCAGCCACUUUGAUGCGCACGAAAUAUGCGAACUGCGUACGAUGAAAGGCUUGUACACUGAGCUGCCAUUGAUGAGCUUUGUGGUUCCGCAGAGAAGCAUGUACGCUGAGCAGUUCAAAAUCACUCUUACUAGAGCUACAGAGAUAGGAUUGAUAAAAAGGCUUUUAAAAACAUACAGCAGUGAUCAGCCAACU